GUUUUGUAAACAAGAAAGCUCGUUGUCUCAGCAUAACACCAAGUAGCAUUUAUUCCCUUGAUCUACUUGCUGAGAUUGGUUUUUUCCCUCUACGCGCUACGCGCCUGACUCUCAGCCAUUCUUUUUGACAUUCCUUUUGAUAUACAAAAUGAGUGAACCAAUGAACGAUGUGGAUGAAGCCACCAAGAUCGCUCAGGAGUUCAAGAUUUGGAAAGAAUCAGCGCUCCAGCUCUAUGAAAUGAUGAUUGAACAUACCGUCGCGUGGCCUACGUUGACUUGUCAAUGGCUUCCUGCUUUCGUCAAAUCUGACGAAUAUUUUACACAAGAAUUGUUGAUCGGUACGAAUACGAACGACGAAGAACCCAAUCAGGUUCAGAUUCUUCAAAUGGAUCUACCCUUAGCCGAUCAAAAUGGUGAAAGUGACCCAGCAAGAAAAUCAAGAUGGAAGACAUUAAAAAAGAUGGGACAUGACGGUGAAGUUAAUCGCGCACGAUAUCAACCUUCCAAUCCAAGCAGAAUUGCGACCUUUACUCGACAGGGCGAUGUGCUACUUUUUGAUCGCCAAAAAGACCAUAGUGAAACAGAUUGUGAUCCGUUACUACGAUUGAAGGGUCAUACAAAGGAAGGUUAUGGAUUGGAGUGGAGUCCACAUGCAGCUACUGCCGACCAUUUGCUUAGUGCUGGAUUUGAUAAUAUCAUUUGUCACUGGGACAUUGGUCAAGAAGGUCGGGUAGAUCCGAUUGCCAAAUAUAUAGCACACACUGACUGUGUAGAGGAUAUCAGCUGGAAUGCAACAGACCCGUCAAUUUUUGCAUCAGUGGCAGACGAUAUGAAAUUGAUGAUAUGGGACACACGUCAACCAACCAAGCCCGUGCAAAGCAUUCAAGCACACAAAGCAGAAGUCAACAGUGUCGCCUUCAACGGCGAACAGGAUUGGAUGCUGGCUACUGGAUCAGCUGACAAGACGAUUGGUUUAUUUGACAUUCGCAACCUCGGCACAAAAUUGCACUCGUUCGAGCUGCAUGAAGGCGAGGUUACGCAAGUUGCUUGGAACCCGCACGAGCCUGCUGUUUUAGCAUCGGCUGGAUUGGACCGACGCAUCAAUGUAUGGGAUCUGCGACAUAUUGGUGAAGAACAAACCGCUGAAGAUAUGGAAGAUGGACCACCAGAACUAUUGUUUAUGCAUAGUGGUCACACAAACCGCAUAUCUGAUUUCAGCUGGAAUCCGAAGGAAACCUGGGUUAUUGCCAGUGCUGGUGAAGAUAACAUUAUACAACUAUGGGAAAUGACAAAGGAUAUCUCUGCAAAUACGGACUUGACGACCGAACUUCCUGCAAGUGACCUCGAGUAAAAAAGUUCGUCCAAAAGCGGAGAUUGCUUCUUCCCACAAAAAAAAUGUAUAAAUUUAUCCUCAAUUUUUCCAAGCAUAUCUUGAUCUUCUUUAUCUUGUC